CAAAAGAAGAAGCAGAGGAAGAACCACAACUCCCAGGAUACAUCGGGCCCUGUUUACCCACCAAGCACUCGGUUUUUCGAAGAUGAGGCUCUAGUAUGGCGACUAAACCAAAUAAAGAUAUCCCUCCACCUCCCUUUGAUUGUCCAUCAUGGGCAGGAAAACCUCCACCAGGGCUUCAUCUGGACGUGAUGAAAGGGGACAAAUUGGUAGAGAAACUGAUAAUAGACGAGAAGAAGUACUACAUGUUUGGGAGGAACCCUGACUGGUGCGACUUCACCAUCGACCACCAGUCGUGCUCGCGAGGCCAUGCGGUGCUCGUCUACCACAAACACCUCAAGAGGGUCUUCCUCAUCGACCUCAACAGCACUCACGGUACGUACCUUGGACACAUCCGCCUGGAGGCCCACAAACCGCAGCAGGUGCCCAUCGACUCCACCAUCUCGUUCGGGGCGUCCACGCGGACCUACACCAUCAGGGAGAAGCCCCAGACCCAGGGGGUGGCGGGCACCGGGGAGGGCAAGGCCGGGGAGGACGAGGAGCUGAAGGGUCUGCUGGGUCUGCCGGAGGAGGAGACGGAGCUUGAGAACCUGACUGAGUUCAACACGGCCCACAACAAGCGCAUCUCGCUGCUCACCAUCGAGGAGGGCAACCUGGAGAUUCAGCGGUCCAAGAGGAAGAGGAGGAACUCCCGGGUCACCUUCAACGAGGAGGACGACGUCAUCAACCCAGAGGACGUGGAUCCGUCUGUGGGUCGUUUCAGGAACAUGAUCCAGACCGCCGUGGUACCCAUCAAGAAGCGGAGAUCCGAGGGCCAGAACACGCUGGGGCUUGAAGAGCUGGCCUCCAGGCGUCUCCAUGGCUACGCCCUGAGCAGCGGCCUCUACGGCGACCUGCCCCCCAGCAGCCACGACAACCAGUCCGGAGGAGCCCCCGGGGGCGCCGCCAUUCUGGGCGGGCUCCCCCUGCCCUUCCCCAACCCGGCCCCGGAGGUGGACCUGGCCCCGGAGGCCCACCAGCCCCCCGUCACUCUCAACCCCCUCCCCGUCACGGGCCCCUACCUCCCAGAGGGCCACAACGAACCGCGCAAGAAGAAGUACGCCAAGGAGGCGUGGCCGGGCAAGAAGCCCACCCCCUCCCUCCUCAUCUGAGGCUCUCUCCGGGAGCCACACACGCGUACGGGGGGGCCGCGGCCCCUCGGGCCCUCACUUCCCAGACUGUCGUGGAAGUUUUUUUUUAUACAGCUUUGUUUUGUUUGAUCUUUUAUAGUUGUUUUCACCGCCAGAACUUUUCGACAGGCAUUCCACAGAUACGUCGGGUCCCGUCCCACUGGGCCGCGUUCGAUGGGGGGCCGGCGUGGAGCCCAUGGAUCAGAGUGGGCGGUCUUGUUAGCGGGAAGCUGCACGUCGACCCACGCGGUCUUGGUGCUGGUUUCAGAAAAUGGCCCCUCGCUGAAUUCGAGUCUAGGUUGUGUUUUUGUUUCAUUGGUCCACCUCUACUGAUGUUUGUCCCUUUCUAUCUUUAUUUCUAAAGUAUUUUGGAGUGGUCAGUCAGCGGGGGGGGAGUGAAAGAAGCUUUUAUACAAGACAUUUUACUGUGAGGAACUAACGAUAGGGGUCUUAUUUUGGCAUCAACAGAUUCCAGGUCUUAGUGAAUAACGAGGUCAUCUUCCCGUCUGACUACAUUUCGAGGAAGUUCCGUUUUUUAGUGUACCACUUGGAGUAGCCGUCAUGAGCUUGGUUAGCACCUCCCGUGGUAACCUUUGGUCUAGAAGGCCCAGAUCUGUGUGGGAUGACAUGCACAUGUUUAUGACGUAAGGCCUGAACACGCCACACUGUUACCGGGCUGAAGUGGUCCAUCAGACAAUCAUCAGAACGCAGACUUGGUCCACCGUGACCUGGCCUCUGAGCAAACGGUUAUGAGGCUAGACACACCGGGGUUUGGUGCUUCAGAUGAUCUUCUGGCAGGAGCAAUGGGGUUUGAAAAACAAACUGUAUCCGUCUCUUGUUUACUUGGAAAGAACAUUGUACACACAACCUUUCUCCAUGUUUCCGAUGGGACACGCACAUUUGUUAUCCUAAGACUGAUUAUAAAUUUUACAAAAAUGAA